AUGCUACCGAGUUCGGACAAUGUGCGCAGUGAAGGUCGUGCUUCUGACAAGGGUGGCGAUGAUAACGAACCCCAUAAUGACUUACUCGUCGGUGAAAAGACGGAAAAGCAAUUACAAACAGAGCACAAUGCGCUUGACUUGCAUUUCAUGGUUAAAUGGCUUGGAGAUGUUAAGUUCAUGCUGGGGAUGGAAGUCAAGCACGACCGAACUGAAGGAAAGCUUGUGAUCAGGCAAACACAGUUCAAUUUAGGACUACUGGAACAAUUCGGACAAGAUGCGAACAGUGUCCGAAAUCCCAAGAUUCGUCGUCAAUAUUCUGAUAAUACUCAUGCUCACUUGGACUCUAAGACCAAGAAUCGUGAAUUGAUUGGAUCAAUGUUGCAUAUCGUAAACGCAACACAUCCCGACAUUAGUAUUGCGCUGUCGAUACUAUCCCAGUAUCUGGAUGAUCCUCGUGAAAUGGAUUGCCGUGCUGCAAUUAGGGUCCUGCGUCACUUAGAAGCGAUUGGAAUUUGA